AUGAGCAUCAUAAGCUACAACAAGGCAGUCCGUGAAUGCACAAGGACGAAAGAAUGGACAAGAUCUGUGUCGCUUCUGGACGAGCUAAACUGCAGGGGCUUGCAGGCGGAUGUGAUUACUUACAACUCUGCUAGCCCUGUUGCAUGCUCGUCUGGUGAAGCCUGGCGAGUGGCCCUGCUGGUGCUUCGGUGCGCCACCUCAUGCCGGGUACGUCAGGACGUAAAAACUUACAGCAGCUCGGUUACGGCUUGUGGAAAGGCAAAGUGGCAACGUGCCCUUUGUUUAGCAAGCCAGAUCCAUGUCACUGGCCUUCGCCUGGAUUCGAUUGCAGCCACUUCUGCCAUCAAUGCUUUGGAACGUAAAGCCAACUGGCAGCAGGCCAUCCUUCAACUGCUUGAUUCUCGCAGGGCCAACUGGCAACCAUCAGCUUUUGCCGGUAAUGCUGUCCUCCGUGCAACUUCUACAUGCCAGUGGAACAGAACCAUGCAUUGUGUCCUAACUACCUUGCAAGCUCGGGCUAUUUCGGGAGAUAUCAUCACGUACAACAGCAUGAUAGAGACUGCUUCUGAUUGGAAGCAGGCCAUCUCACUGCUGCAAGAUAUUGGCGACCAAGAACUGCGACCAGACCUGGUUACGUGGAACAGCCUUAUAGCUGUUUGCUCGCGUGUAGUUCAGUGGCAGCGAGCGCUCGCACUUCUUGACAUCUUGAACGAUGUCAUCAAAGCAGAUCUCGUAUCAUUCAACAGCACCCUUGCGGCAUGUGCCAGGUCCGGCAAGUUUCAGCAGGCUCUUUUAUUGUUGGAUCGAAUGUUGCAACAGGACAUCCAGCCCGAUGUGAUAACGCGAAGUGCUCUGAUGAGAAGCUGCGCAAGGGCGACGGCUUGGCGGAUGACGUUGUUCCUGAGCUCAGCGAGACAAGCGAGCAUGAAUGCCAUUGCAUUGAACGAAGUUCAGCUGGCCUGUGAAAGAGCGUGUGAAUGGCAGCUGGCACUGCAGCACUUCGAAGAUUCAGGCGAGAGAUGUGUUUCUGCUGACGUAUUGAUAUUCAAUGCUGUCAUCGGCGUGUUGGAAAGCGCAAGCAAGUGGCAGACUGUGUUUCGCAAGUUGCAUUGCAUGGUGUUAGACAUGUUGCCGCCAGACACUGUCACAUACAACGCCGUCGGCAGUGCUUGCGAAAAGUCCGCGAUGUGGGAAUGCACUUUGUGGUGCCUGCGAGCUGGCAGUAUUCGGCCAGACAUGAUUACAUGGACAUCUGCCAUUGGAGCAUGCAGCGCGUCCCGGGCUUCAUGUCGCUGGAAGCGAAUGUUGACCUUGAUCCGGGACGCUGCCACAGGACACCUGCAGCCGAGCCCUCUGAUAUGCGAGAAGGUCGUCAACACUCUGUGGCAAUCUGGAAACCUCGCGCAGAUACAAUUUCACAUGCCCCGAGCUUGCUCAACAAGGCAAGCUUUCGAACUUUUGCGCGGCGAGGCAUUUUCACAUGUGUCUGUGCGCGGAGGAAAACAGAGGUAA